ACAAAUAAAUAGUAAUAUUAUAUUCCAUAUCUAACCCCAGUUUAACUAAGGCUCAAAUAAAGAACAACAAGAAGAAAAGAACUCUGUGCUCACAAUUGGCCUUUUUUACACAUGCUAGCAAUUUUGUCAUUAAUUUGCUGAAUAUCAGAAGAAGAAGAAGAUUUAUUUAUAAGUCGAGAGAAUUUAUUAAUUCGAUUACCAAAGAUUGGUUUUGCUUAACAUUGAGCCAAGCUUUACGAAAUGAUGGGUAGGAAUCCUUUUAAAACAUCGCAAAAGGAAGAACAUAAGAAACUUAAAGCAAAAAUUGAACAAUGGGGUAAAGUGAAAUUCAAACCAAUCGAAUCCAAUAAACAGCACAAAGAAAAAUCGAGUAAAUACAAUAAAAACAGAAGCGAAAAGUUCGAAAUUCCUACGGCUUGGAAGUACUUCAAAGAUGAAAUGCUUUCAAAAGAACGAGAAGAGAAACAACGAUCUAAACAGUUGAACAUGGACAACGAAAAAGCGCGUAAGUGCUUAAAGCAACGUGAAAUAAAUUAUCGCAAAGUGUUAAUGCAAAAGAAAAGGGAAGAACUCACACAAUGGGAGAGUUUUGAAGAUGAUGGCAAACAAAGACAACGUGAACAAAUAACAAACACUUUAGAGCAUAAUGUGACCACGAAGAAAAAAGUUUCACGCAAUCAUGAAGCUAGGCUUGUAUCCACGGAAAUUUUGAAAGAUUUCGACAAUAGAAAUCUGAAUUACCAUCAAAAUGAUAAAUUACGUCGCUUACUAACAAAGUCCGUUAUUAAACAUAAUGGUGCAACUUUCACACAAACCGUUAGUGACCUUAAAUAUCAAAAACAACAAAAAAAAGCAAAAUUAAAAAGAGUAUAGAAAUGAAUUAGUUUCACAUGCACAAAUGUUUUGCACCAAUAUGAAAUUUGAAAAUGAUGUAGUACAUUGCACCUGCUGCCCCUGCUCAAG